AAUAAUAAAUAAAUUCAAAUAAUACCACCAUUAUCCAUUUAAUUGCACAUGUAAAAUGAGAAACGCGAUUCGUUCAAGCGCUUUUCAGGUAAUUUUAAAACCAAAACUCCUAAGUGAGGAGUCUAUGGAAAAGUUACUCAACAGAACAUGGACAUUGCCAAACCCUGAAACUAAAAUUCAUCAAGUUAUUCAUCAACAUGGAUUGGGAGCUCGUAAUUUUCUAUUGAACACAAAUCCAGAUUUUCGUAAUGGCAAUGUUGAAAUUGAUAAACAAAGGAAAAGCUUUUAUUUGGUGCGCGAUGAUUUGUUGCACCCGGUGAUUAAUGGUAAUAAAGCAAGAAAAUUGGAUGGAUUACUUCCCUUGCUUCAUGAUUAUUCAGUCACUGAUGUGGUUACUUGUGGAGGUUGUCAGAGUGCUCACACAGCUGCUAUCGCUGUUCUGUGUGCUGAGAGAGGAAUUGUGUCACAUUUGCUUCUACGAGGAGAGCAGCCUGAAAUCUUAACUGGCUAUAACUUGAUGUCUACAAUAUACGGAAAUGUCACAUAUGUUCCAAGAAAUGUUUACGCCAACAGGGAAGAAAUGCUAAAGAACUAUGCCGAGUCAGUGGCCGGAAACAGCGGUUCUGUUCUAUGGUUCAGUGAUAUCAUUCAAGCUUCUUCAACAAACGAAUUGUCUACUUCAAAUUUUAUGCAAACGGAUGCUAGUCGAAGUGAGGGAAACCAUCUUCAAAAGAUUUUAAUUGUCAAUGAAGGGGCUGGUGAUUCUGUUGCUCUAUUAGGUAUUAUUCGGUUAGUGCAAUACUUGUCACAGAAUCAUUUACUUGGGAAACAAAGGGCCAUGAAGUUUGUUGUGGAUGCUGGUACUGGCACAACAGCAGUUGGUAUAGGACUUGCAGCGCUUUGCUUAGGACUCCCAUGGGAGGUAUAUGCAGUCAUGCUGGCUGAUAAAAUUGAUGGGUACCGAAAACAGGAAAAGCGCUUGAUUUCUGAAUUCAAUAAGCAUUUUAAUGUUGAGUUCAUUGACCACGAUGUAAACAAAGAUGAUGGGAUUGUGCACUGGGUGGAACGUGACCAUCCAAGAAAAUUUGGCAAUAUUUUGGAUGGGGAAAUGGUAGUAUGUCAGCAAAUUGCCCAGCAAACUGGUAUUCUAGUGGAUCCUGUCUACACAUUAGCUGCUUGGGAAGCGGCAAUGCUUCUUUCUAGCGAAGAGAAUGAAGGAAGAGCAGAAGUUGUGAUGCUUCACACUGGAGGCACAUUGGGCUUGUUUGGGUUGGCACAGAGGUACAAAAAUUAUUUUGGCAUGCUCAAAAAUGAUUCAAUCAUUGUUAGAAAAUGAUGUUUUAAUUUUCUUUACCCAAAUAGUGUAAUUUCUUUUGGAAUUUACAGUUUUGGGUUAUUUUUUUAUGGGAAAUGUUAACUAGUGCCCCCGGGGCACUGGUUAAGUCGUGGCUGUGAUCCACACCAUUCCUUUUGUUUUUUAUUUAUUUUUGACAAAGUUGUGGAUACAUUCCACAACUUACUUUUAUUUAUUUACUUAUUUAUUGUAGAUACAUUCAUGACUUUGUAGUAUUUAGUAUCCACGACUUCACUUAUUUUAAA